AUGGCUACUGUUGAUUUCGAUGUAAGGUCAAAUAAUUUGUCAGAAGGAUUAAAGAACGAAAUGUCAGAAAAAAAUAUGGAAAAUAAUAAUAAUAGUAGUAGUAGUGGUUUGAAUGAAGAACAAGUACAGUCUGGAAUAAAAAGAUAUUACGAAUUAAAAAUAGAAGAAUAUGAAUCGAUUAUAAAUAAGAAAUUACAGAAUAAAAAAAGGUUAGAAGCACAAAGAAAUGAAUUAAAUGCUAGGGUACGUGAAUUAUGUGAUGAAAUACAAUAUUUAUUAGAAGCAGCUUCAUAUGUAGGUGAAAUUGUGAAACCAAUGGGUAAAAAUAAAGUAUUAGUAAAAAUAAACCCAGAAGGAAAAUAUGUUGUAGAUAUAGCUAGACAUAUAAAUAUAUCUCAUUGUACACCUAAUACAAGAGUAGCAUUAUAUAAUGAUUCUUAUAAAUUACAUAAAAUAUUACCUAGUAAAGUAGAUCCUUUAGUUUCUUUAAUGAAAGUAGAAAAAGUUCCAGAUUCUACUUAUGAAAUGGUAGGAGGAUUAGAUCAACAAGUUAAAGAAGUUAAAGAAGUAAUUGAAUUACCAGUUAAACAUCCAGAAAUUUUUGAAUCAUUAGGUAUCUCACAACCUAAAGGUGUUUUAUUAUAUGGACCACCAGGUACAGGCAAAACAUUAUUAGCAAGAGCAGUAGCACAUCAUACUGAUUGUACUUUUAUUAGAGUUUCGGGUUCUGAAUUAGUUCAGAAAUAUAUAGGAGAAGGUUCACGUAUGGUCAGAGAAUUAUUUGUUAUGGCUAGAGAACAUGCACCAUCAAUUAUUUUUAUGGAUGAAAUCGAUUCAAUUGGUAGUCAAAGAAUCGAAGGAGAACAUGGAGAUUCAGAAGUACAAAGAACUAUGAUGGAAUUGUUAAACCAACUAGACGGUUUUGAAUCCACACAAAAUAUUAAAGUUAUCAUGUGUACUAAUCGUAUUGAUAUAUUAGAUGAAGCUCUAUUAAGACCUGGACGUAUAGAUAGAAAAAUAGAAUUUCCAAAUCCAAAUGUAGAAGCACGUAUGGAAAUUUUAAAAAUACAUAGUAGAAAAAUGAAUCUAAUGAGAGGUAUAGAUAUGCUCAAAAUAGCAACAGAUAUGAAUAAUUGUUCAGGUGCAGAAGUAAAAGCUGUUUGCACAGAAGCUGGAAUGUUUGCAUUAAGAGAAAGAAGAGUACAUGUAACACAAGAAGAUUUUGAAAUGGCAGUUGCUAAGGUUAUGAAGCAAGAUGCCGAGAAAAAUUUUACUCUCAGAAAAUUAUGGAAAUGA